UUUGGCACCACGGGUCACUGCGCUGCCUGCAACAAGGUCAUCCCCGCCUUUGAGAUGGUGAUGAGAGCCAAGACGAAUGUAUACCACCUUGAGUGUUUCGCUUGUCAACAGUGCAACCACAGAUUCUGCGUCGGCGACCGCUUUUACCUCUGCGACAACAAAAUCCUCUGUGAAUACGACUAUGAGGAGAGGAUGGUGUUCGCCAACAUGUCGUAUUCGUCCGAUUCUCUCGCCCACAUCAAGCGACAAGUUAGUGACCUGCAGCAGCCCCCGGAGGAAUCCAGCAUGGCUCAACGAGGCGCCGCUCCCCCCCUCGGCCCCACCCUCCCUCCACAGCACCACCAGCAGCAACAGCAGCAACAGCAACAGCAACAGCAACAGCAGCAGCAGCAUCAACACCCGCAUCAGCAUCAGCAGCAGCAGAUGAUGAUGAACGGCCUGGGCCUGGGCGGCGGAGGGCCGGGCACCUCGGGUCUCCACCUCCCAGGGGGCGUGAGCGAUCGCGGCCUCGGAGACCACCACCACCUGGGUGAGGGCGGUGGAGGGGGCGGGAGCGGGCUGAAGGCGCCCCCGCCCAGCUCCGCCCCCCCGCAGCCCAACAGCUCCAACCACGCGGUGGCCGCCGACGACGCCUCCAGCGGCUACGGCAGUCCCGACUCGCUGACCAUGGAGGACCGAUGAGACGCGGCCGGGAGGGGGCGAAAGAGGCGGCGUACAUGACCACCACAGCCUCCUUCGCUGCAACACCAACAACACUCUCCGUUACCAUCGCAGGGGCCAUCCCACUUUCUCCCGCAGAUGUUGCA